AGAACCCGUUAACAUGGAUGUAGUACAUGUGAAAGUUUUAAUUCUCUUUGGACUAUUAGUAGCUUCAUUUCUGGUAGGAUUUAUUCCAGUGAAAUGUAUCUAUCACUACAGAAGGAACUUAGAAACAUCAACAGUGUAUCGUCGUUUAUUAAGCAUUCUGAGCUGUUUUGCUGCAGGGGUAUUCAUGGCCACAUGUCUUUUGGAUCUACUCCCUGAAACAAUAGAGGCUUUGGAACCACAUAUCAAGGAGUCUAAAAAAUUUGAGCAUUACCCUGUGGCUCAGUUUAUAAUGGUUAUAGGACUAAUGUUAAUGUUAACGGCCGAACAAUGUGUUAUAAUAUACCAGGAGAAACGAAAACAAAUUAGCCAUUCAAAUGAUACGGUGAGAACAGAAGCGAUUAAAACCGAAAGAAACACCCUUAUAUCAAACAAAGAUGAGUUUCGCAUAUCAUAUAGUUCAUCAGGCAUUGGAACAGACGACUCUAGAGAGAAAAAAACAAAUGACUUCGAGAACAGUACUGUAACCCUGUCGGUGAAGACAUCUGAAACAAAUAGUUCCACUCUGAGAUCUAUCUUGCUAUUGGUAGCUUUAUCUCUACAUUCUAUUUUCGAGGGAAUAGCAGUCGGAUUACAGAAACAAACCACUGAUGUAGUUGAAGUUUUUAUUGGCCUCAGUAUUCACAAAGUAAUUCUUGCCUUCAGUCUAGGUAUGACAUUAACCCAAAGCAAACUUUCGUUUUGGGCACAGAUACGAUCUCUUCUUACUUUUGCCUUAGCUUCGCCGAUCGGGAUUGUCAUCGGUUUGCUGAUUGUGGAAUAUGGGCAAGGAACGACAUCGUCAUUGGUCGAGGGGAUCUUGCAAGGGUUAGCAUGUGGAACAUUCUUGUAUGUCACAUUCUUUGAAAUACUCCAACAUGAAUUAAGCAUACCAGACAUUCGGUUGAUUAAAACUUUUUUUCUAUUUCUUGGAUUUAUAUGUAUGUCAGGUUUAUUUUUGAUCCAUGACCAUGAAUGAUACUAAUUGUUAGAUUCUUAUUUAUGUAAUUUUUAACUGUUAUUUGAUUAUUUAAUUUACCUAGAUUUAAACUUUAGAUUGUUUAAACUUUAAAUAAUCAAUGGAAUUAUUAUCGUACCACAUACAAAGAACAAAUACAUCGAGUUGAAAGUGUAAAGAAAUAUCUUUUUUUUUAUUAUAUAAGUUUAUGUUAUUUUGUGUUUUUUCUCGUGAUUCAUCUGAGGAUAUGUGUGUAACAAUCACUUGUCAAAAAAACUUUUUCGUUUUUGAAGAGGUGGUAUGAUGAAAUUGUAAUAUGUAUUGACGCUUUGUUAUUAUAUAUCACCACAAUGUGUUUUUUGUUUGUGUAUUGCUUAUGUGUUUGUGAUUAGUGAUCGUCAAAUGUUUGAACUGUAGUUCGAUAAAAUAUUUUAUUUUGAUUUUUGUCAUAAAAUGAAACUAUUGUCAUAAAAACAUUGUCUUGAAAUAAAAUCACUUUUAUAUAA